UGAGAAAAUAUAACCGUAUUAUAUGUAUGUAUAUAAACCUGGCUAUAUUGCACAUGUUUUUUGUAACCAUCAAAUUAUUUUUGAAGGCUUAAUAGGGGCAGGAUCAGAAGGCAGGGUUCGCUUGCCAACGAAUCUGCCGCAGUGGUUCAGAGAUAUUUCAAGGAGUAAGAUGGCGGCACCUAGUAAACAGUACGGCCUGAUCAUACCCCAGAAGAGAGCGUCUAAGACAGUCACCUUGCCCAGGCCCUCAGUGUUUGGGGAUGACUCUGAUGAAGAGACCUCGGUUGGGGAGAGUUUGCAGAAGGAGGCUCUGAAGAAGAGGAUGAUGAAACAGACACGUCUGGAGAUGCAGAAGGCUCUAGAGCAGGACAGCAGUGUGUAUGACUACGAUGGUGUCUAUGAUGACAUGCAGAAACAGAGGCUGGAGAGCAGCAAGAAAAUGCUGGGAGGAACCGACAGGAAGCCAAAAUACAUCAACCAGCUGCUACAAGCGGUGGAGGACAGGAAGAAGGAGCAGGAACGGAGAGAUGAGAGGAAGAUUCAGAAGGAGAGAGAGGCGGAGGGAGAGCAGUUUGCAGACAAGGAGGCUUACGUCACCUCAGCCUACAGACAGAAACUCAAGGAGAGACAGGAGGAGCUGGAAAAAGAAAAGCGAGAGGCAGCGAUGGAGGCUGCUCUGGAUGUGAAGAAGCAGAAAGACCUGAGUGGUUUCUACAGACACCUGCUGAACCAGACCGUAGGAGAGGAGGCCAUACCAGACCGCUCUGUACCGAGGGAUCAGAGUUCAAAAGAAGUCAAGACAGAAGCGCCAUCCCCACCGUCUUCACCUCCCUCACAAGACCACGUCCCCAGUUCCCAUAGCGACAGCGAGGAGGGGCAGGAUCAGAAGGCAGGGUUCAGUAAACCGGCCCCUGGUGCCAAACGCCACUACAGACAGAGGUCCCCUUCCUCUGGGAGUGGAGAAGAGGAGCGAGAGAAGGAUAGAGAGAGAGAAAAGAAGAGACACAAAGAGGGAGACAGAGACCAAGGAAGGGAUAGAGAGAGGGUCAGAGAGAGAGACAGGGAGGACAGGCAUGAUGGACGGAGAGAUGAGAAGGAUGGAAGAAAGGAGAGGGAUAGAGACAGAGAGGAGGACAGGCAUGGUGGACGGAGAGAUGAGAAGGAUGGAAGAAAGGAGAGGGACAGGAGCAGGGGGAGGCGGGAUAAAGAGAGAGAGGAGAGACAUGGGAAGAGAGAAAGGAGCCCGAAAGACAGAGAGAAGGAGAACGGGGAGAAACAGAGGGAGCUAGACAAAGACAAGGGGAGAGAAAGGGACAAGGGCAGGGAGAAAGAGAGGAAUAGGGAUGGAGAAAAGGAGAAGACUAUAAAAACCGACGGAAAGGAUGAAAAGAAGGAGGGAGAGGGGGGAAGGAGGGAGAGGGGUCAGAGAGGGAGAGGAAGGGGAAGGAGGGAGAGGGAGAAGAAGGGGAAGGAGGGAGAGGGGUCAGAGAGGAAGGGGAAGGAGGGAGAGGGGUCAGAGGGGAAGGGGAAGGAGGGGUCAGAGAGGAAGGGGAAGGAGGGUUCAGAGAAGGGGAAGGAGGGUUCAGAGAAGGGGAAGGAGGGUUCAGAGAAGGAGGGAGAGGGGUCAGAGAAGGAGAAGAGAGAGGAGGAGAGUAAAGUGAGUAAGUUUGUCAAGCGCAGCAGUGAGCAGACCGUGACCUCAGCCAGAGACAGAUACCUGGCCAGACAGAUGGCACGCUCAGCCACCAAGACGUACAUAGAGAAGGAGGAGGACUGAACACACACAAAUGGUGACAGCUGUGACUGUGAUGACAUAGAGGGUGACCGAUGAACUGAGACACGUCAACAGAUGUGUGUGAACUUCAUUCUCUAAUACACUGCACUUGACGGACCCACCAAAUUAGAGUGGGGUCUCAUGGUUCUACUGUCUGGGGAGAAAGAUGGAAUGGUAGAGAGUGAUUUAAAUGAAUGAAUGCAGGACUUGAGUUAAGUGAGAGGGUGAAUAAGUGAUGAAAAAUGUAGUGUGAGUGAGGUGCCCCACACCAGCGAACUAUGUGUUUUUGUUGAAUAUUUCUGUUCUAUUCCAUUUUUUUUCUUCUGAUGGACAGAACCGUACUUCCUGUUUAUGUUGUUAAUAAAUGUCAACAUAUGGCUGGUG